CCCAAAGCAGCAUUGGAGGCACAUAUAACAUUUCUGGUACAAGAAACUUCCGGUCACUGAGGCCACCCUGCCACCAGAGAGGUACCUCCUUUGGCCUGAGUUUUUCUGUGUACCAGGAUCACAAACCCUCUUCUCCACCGUUAUUAUUUAUUUUUUCACCAGCAAUAUCUAUUUUGCAAUUUUUACCACACCUAUUAAUCUUUGUUAAUUUUGAUGAAAAGGAAUAGUUUGCAUUUUCAAAAUCAGCAUCAAGACUUGUUGUGUAUUUACCAGCUGUUCUUUCUGUCUAUCAAACAGAAUCCCUUGUGAGGUGCUGUGCAGAUAAUGCCGGGAUUCGCUCCUACUUGGAUCAUUAGCGUUAGCAGUAGGCACUGCUGUCCCCCUCCCAGGGGAAGCUGUGGCUUCAAGGACUGUGUUCAGAAAAUUAAACGCUUCAGAGAACCAAAGCAUGAAAGACGACCAUGGAGGAUAUGGUUUUUAGAUACUUCCAAGCAAGCCAUAGGGAUGCUGUUCAUCCACUUUGCGAAUGUGUACCUAGCAGAUCUCACUGAAGAGGACCCUUGUUCACUGUACCUCAUCAACUUUCUUCUGGACGCCACUGUAGGCAUGCUUCUCAUUUAUGUGGGCGUACGUGCCGUCAGUGUCUUGGUGGAGUGGCAGCAGUGGGAAUCCCUGCGCUUUGGAGAAUAUGGAGACCCUCUGCAGUGUGGGGCCUGGGUAGGGCAGUGCGCCCUCUACAUCGUGAUCAUGAUCUUUGAAAAGUCCGUGGUCUUCAUCGUCCUUCUCAUACUCCAGUGGAAGAAGGUGGCCCUGUUGAAUCCAAUUGAAAACCCAGACCUGAAGCUGGCCAUCGUCAUGCUGAUAGUGCCCUUCUUUGUCAAUGCUUUCAUGUUCUGGGUAGUAGACAAUUUUCUCAUGAGAAAGGGGAAGACGAAAGCUAAACUAGAGGAGAGAGGAGCCAACCAGGACUCAAGGAAUGGGAGUAAGGUUCGCUACCGAAGGGCAGCAUCCCAUGAGGAGUCUGAGUCUGAGAUCCUGAUAUCAGCUGACGAUGAGAUGGAGGAGUCUGAUGCCGAGGAGGACCUCCGCAGACUGACCCCCCUCAAACCUGUGAAAAAGAAGCACCGCUUCGGGCUGCCUGUAUGACACAUUCCCACGCUGCGGGUGGCAGUCCUGGGGCCCAGCCCUGCAGCAGCAUCCUUUCCCUCCUCUCUACCCUCCUCUUCUACCUCUACUCCUCUUGCUGUCUCUGCCCGCUCUCCACCCGCCCCAGACUACUGUGACUUAAAAGAGGGAAGAGGAGCCGUGCCUGAGGGGGCUGUGGGCAGCUGGAGGGCCCACUCAGUUGCACUACAAACACUGACCAAAUAUGCAAGCGAAGAGCUUUGUUUGUUCGUUGUUGUCCCUUUGGGGUGUUCUGAGACCCCCUGUCCUAUGUCUGACCAGGUGGCAUGGUGGAAGAAAACAGCACACAUAGACUGUUGGGGUCCUCGAGCUGAGGCUGCGGGCCGUGUGGACAUGUGGCGUGCUUGGGGUUACCAGCCACUGGUGACCCAAGUUGGAACAGGAAUGCUUUCUUAACUCAAAAUGGCUUUUGUAACUCUUUAUUUCUAAAGCCAGUUUUAUGAGCUGUGACAGUGUUACUGUUUUUUGAGUAUGUGUUUAUUUCCUACAAAGUAUCUAUGGGUCUAACGGGCAAACAGAUUUUUAAGUCUUCCGUAUGCUGUUUGACUUUUAUAUUUUUUAAGUUAUAUUUUCAUACUAUUGUAUUUAAAACUCUUUUUAAUCCCCAAAGAAAUGGAUUUGUUUGCCUUUCAUGGGGUAUGAGCUGGUGGGAGGUGUAUAAGAGUGAGGACUUUCUGAGUCAGGACUAUUGUUAGAUAACAUCUGGUAAUGUG